UAGCUUGAAACUUAUCAGUUGAAAGUUUUUCUUCCUCAAAAUGUUUAAUCGUAUUUUUAAUUAGUAUUGCAUUUCCGCCACGGGCGCAAUUGUUAGGAUGAAUUGUAUUGUAAGAUUCAUAAUUUUUAAUUUUAAAAUAGGGUUGUGACGUAAAAUGUGUAUCCGUUAUCAUACAUACGUCAACAUUUUCCGAGUUCAUUUCAUUCUUAUGUUUGAUUAACCCACUUGAGUUCCAUAGACGAAUUUUUAUUGAUUUAUACAUCUUUGGUAUUAAAAAGAUAUUUUUAAAGCUUGCAUAAGCGAUUUUGUAAGGAAGUGUUGAAUUCGUCUUGUUUAUUGAUUUUCGAUAGGAUCUGUGAUAAAUGAAAUGAUAUAUUUCUACAUCUGUGGUCCUCUUCGGAGAAAGUAUUUGCUUUAUAUAUUCCAUUAUUUAAAAGUUUAAUUGAAUGCAUGAAGUGUGUUAAAUGUAGUGAAAUAGCUUGAUGAAAAGUUCGAACUUUAGGAAUUUUUGUACUUUAAAGUCGAAUAUCUCGUAAACUAAGCGUUUGCGGUACCCCAUUUUUUAAUCAGGCGGCCUUCCUCUUUCCAAUGGUACCUUCAGAUCGCGGCGUUAAAUUGUGCCUAAAAUUUGUUUGUCAAGAGGACUUCGCCUUAUUUGCCACUUUUUCUUGAGUAUUCUUUUCUCUUUGAUUAGCCGUCUUAAUUCAAUAGAAAGUACCGGUAUUUGACUUCAUUAGCAGUUGAUUGUGAAGUGAAAAGAAAUCCAGCUUUAUGGAUAGCAAUUAUAAACUUUUCAACUGCUAGGUUAAUAUCAUGGCCAGAUUUUAAGAGUAUAGUCAAACUAGUUCGAUUUUAAAGUCAGUUUCUAAUUGCUGCUAUAUUUGUAUGGUUUUCCAUACUCGACGCGGUAGACCCAAACGUUACUAUUAUUUGGCGAAUGAUCAAAGUUCAAGUCAAAGCUCUCUUUAAUGUGAAGUUAGUGUUGUGAUAUGCCUUUAUACACGACAAAAUCUAGACGGUCUGCUCUUUUUCGAGGAUCACUAGACCAGUAUGUGGGUUUCCCGGUGGAAAUAGUUGAAUAACUAAACUUUGUUAUACAUUUAAAUAGGUCAUUUACUUUUGGAUUCUUCUUCUUUACUGCCGUAGAAACCGCUAACGCUGUUAUAUUCCCGAGUUACAACAGCGCACCAGUCGUUUCUUUUCGCAAUUCUUCCUGGUCCUUCCAACGGAUUGGAGGUCUUCCUCUUCCUCUACUUCACUCGGCGAGUACUGCGUCGAAUAUUUAGUUUAGUAGCCGCUGUCUUUUAAUUCGCUGAACUAUGUCAAUUUCGUCGUAUAUCUCAUACAGCUCAUCGUUCCAUCGAAUGCGAUAUUCGCCGUGGCCAACGCGCAAAGGACCAUAAAUCUUUCGCAGAAAAUUUCUCUCAAAAACUCGCAACGUCGACUCGAUGUUGUUAUCGUCCAAGCCUCUGCACCAUAUAGCAGGACGGGAAUUAUGAGCGACUGAUAGACUCGGGGCCCCGGCGAAGUCGAUCAGCCUCGAUCCUUUUGGGGAUGUUUCGUCGUGGAGGCUGAAUUUACCGACCGUAGUGCCAAAGAUACCUUCGUGUCCCAUUUUGACGUUAAAGUCACCAAGCACGAUUUUGACAUCGUGGCGGGGCACACUAAAUUUGCGCUCCUUUAUAUGGCAACUGUAGCAAAUGCCAAAAGGUCCUACUCUCUCAGUCCUUGUCACGUCCAUCGCAUUUCUUCAGCCUUCACUCUACCGAGGAAAUCGACCAGCUGGGCAGCGGCACCUUCCCAAUUAGGGGACCGGACAUUCCAGGUGCAUGCCCUAAUAUCGUAGUCCUUAAUACGUUUGCCAUGGUCGUCAUCAAAAGAGGGGCUCUCAUCCGAGGCUUAUUGUUCUUUUUCAUUGGUACUGUAUUUUACGUGGCGGGUCCCGAACCCUGCACACAACGCUGUGGAGAGGAUGUUUUGCCUUCUCACUUUAGUUCGCCUUCAAACGGAUGUUCUUAGACUACCCAGGGGAUACUUGGUUAAAGACCGGAAGUCGUGAGCUGCUUGAGCCACAUGUUAAAGAAUCCCAAGUGAAUGGCGAUCAGAAAACUUUCCUUACUUGCGUGAACUUCUACACAUGACUCCAUCCUCCAGAAAUCGUGGACGCCAGUGAAAAAACGCUUCUCAUUCACCCAGCAUUUCUCCGACAGAUGCCAUUAAAAAAUAGAACGUAUAGGUAGAAUAAUAGUAUAAAUGUGUGCAUCUUGUAUAUAUGUUUACAGUUAAUAUUUUAAUGAGAAUUGUUGGCAUAUGUUUAGAUAUUUUUUAAUGCCCAAAUAAAAAAUUUCCCACUGCAAUAGCAAUCGAUUUGACAGUUAAUUUGUUAUAAAGUUUUGCCUGUCGAGUUGCCCCAUUAUGGUGUCACCUGCAGCUUGAGCGGGAACCAUUUUUCAAAUAACUUCCAAUUUUAAACUUGUGAUAUCUUUCGAAUGGAAUGUUCAAAAUGAUUAAUGAAAUGAAGCACACUUAAAUAUACAUUAUGUUGUUCUAUAAUCAAUAGCUUUCACAGCGCACGGGUUUUAAGACAUUUUGUUGGUAAUUUUGUCACACCUUGAGUUGCAUUAUUGGAGUUUUAGUAUGUAUCCCUAACUUUUUUGAAAAUUUAAUAAAUAAAUAAAUUUAAUAUAGCCUAUGUUCGCUACAGAUAAUGUAGCUUCCCAACAGUGAAAGGAUUUUUCAAAUCGGUCAAGUAUUUUCGGAGCCUUUUCAAUGCAAACAAACCCAAUUUUUCCUCUUUAUAAUAAGUAUUAGCAUAGAUAACACUGGUAAGACACAUACUUUAUGACAUGAAAAUUCUUAGGUGUUUCCAAUGCAGUUUGAUACUCUGAAUCAGAAAUUUUCUAUCGCCCACAGAUAUUUUGUAACCUGCGGCUUUAGAUUGUACAAUACUAUACAUAAAUCGCAUUAUAUUGUAUCAAUCAUCUCAUAUUUUCAUACGAUCAGGGAUUUAUCCGGUUCUGUCUACCUGUUCUGUAAACAGCGUGUUGUACGAUCAUUUUAUUUUACAAAAUUUUUCAGUAGACUAACGGUGUCCGAAUCGGUUACGUGUUCUAUGUGUGGAUAGCAAAACGUUUUUGAGUUCACAUUUUUUUGUUAUGUGUGCGGAGAACUAACUUUUAAAUCGCAAAAACAUUAUUUUACUCCGCUUGUGCUAAAAGUUUACGAACUGUAUUUUGGUGUUAAAGUUGGGAAUCAAGACAAAGCAUGGACCCCUCAUAUCUGUUGUAAAACUGGUGUAACACUGUUAACAGCUUGGUUCAAAUCGUAAAAUGCCCUUUACAGUACCAUUCAUUUGGAGAGAACCUAAAGACCAUGUUACAGAUUGCUAUUUUUGCCUCACGAAUAUUAAAGGUAUUGGAUCGAAGUUUAAACAGCUUUAAGACCCAGUGAACGAACUCCAAAAACAAAAUAUCGCCGAAAAACAUCAAUAUUCAAAAUUUCUAUAAAAUAUGCCUGUAAGUUAUGCGACACCAGCACUUCCUUCCAAUUCAUCUCAGGAUGGAAUUCGAGAGACUAUGUUAUAUAGUGGAUCAAAGUUUAAAGGAUUCCAAAAGUCUCAAGGAAAUUCAUACGACGUGGAAGUUGUUCUUCAGCAUAUCGAUUUGCAAAAUUCAUUUUUAUGUGGUUAUUUAAAAAUUAAUGGACUGACUUUCGAAUUUCCAACUCUGACAACAUUUUUUGAUGGAGAAAUAAUAUCGAAGAAAUAUCCAUUUUUAACCAGAAAGUGGGAAGCGGAUGAGGAUGUUGACAAAGGGCAUUGGAGCAAAUUUGCCGCUUUUUCUGAGUAUGAAGAAUCAUUUAAUUCAGAUAAUUUUGACUUUAAAAAACUGGCGAAUAGCGACUAUGUAUUCAUGCGAUGGAAAGAACAUUUCCUAGUGCCAGAUCAUACGAUAAAGGAUAUAAAUGGGGCGUCUUUCGCUGGAUUUUAUUAUAUUUGCUUUACAAAAUCUACUGGCAGAGUAGAAGGUUAUUAUUAUCACCGCUCAUCAGAGCUAUAUCAAUCUAUUGAAUUAGAACACAUACCAGAAAAUUCUUCAGACGUGUAUGAAUUUAGAUAAAAUGAAUAGUGUAAUUUAUUUGUUAUCAUUAAGUUAUAUAUACAAUAGAUAUUUAUCUAAUAAAAAAAAUUCUAUAUAAUUUGAGAAUGUUAA